CUGUUGUAGCAUUUGUAGCAUCAUCUUUUUCAGUUGCAUUUGCUGGUUCUUGUCCUUUUUCUUCUUGAUGUUAACCCGCAAAUGAGAGCUGUGUUUGCCCCUCCACAGGCCUCUAGGCAUGUAACUUUUUUCUUCAGUGGCAUUUAUUAAAUUUCACCAAAGAAAAAUUAAAUUUUCAUGCAGUAAAUUUAAAUAACUCGUGUGCAAGCAACAGGACAUUAAGACAGAAAACAUGUGUGACAAGUUGAAGAACUAACACUUCUGUAACCACUGACCAUGAACAAGGCAGCUGCCUUACGAGUGACUGGUCACCAGAGGCCUCUACAAUUUGCUUGUGGGCAACUAAAAUUUUAAACAAGGAGCCCGCACUGUUGCCUAAAACUUAUGAUUCUUAUGGCAAUGGCCUCUUUGCCUACUUCCAAUGAAGGAACGACAGAAUUUCCUGCUCAUUUUAUGCUUUUGAAAUGAAAACGUAAAACAUGUGUUCUUUGGCUGUAGGCAAAAAAUUUCUGCUGAUAAAAGUAAACAAACAAGCGCUUUUCUGGAAAAUUCCAUUAACUCGAAUGAAUCGAGAUGCAUAAAUCAAGUUUUGAGCAUCUGCUUACUUAUUUAAGUUUAUCAAUCAAUGGGCGCCUGGAGUGUGGCUUGGGUUCCUACAAGUUUAUUUUAGGAGCUCAAGGGGCUCCCCAAAAAAUUUUCUUUGGCAGCAGCCUUCAUGAACAGUGAGCCUGUAAUGGAGUUGGCUGUAUGAUCACACACUAUACUUACUUGGCUUAAUAGGGACCUUAAGCAGCCAGGAUUGCAGAGAACAACACAAUUGAUGACUAAGAAUUUUUCCUACUAUGCAAAGGAUUUAAAUCAGUAAACCGUUUAUCAGAUGAAAGGGCUUGAAUCGAAUCAAACAGAACAGAGCUGGUUUUGUUGUCCUAUACAUUUUACAGGAGUUUAAUUGCCGGAGGCAAGAUUUCCGUACAGUCCAAUUCAUUUAUCUAAUACAGAUAUACCACUCUAUUCACCUUGAUCAAGUUUACCGGGAACAGUACAUAUGAAAUACAGUGAAAAUCUUGCUCUCAAAAUUUCUUGCUCCAUCAGCCCAACCUUCAACAAAAAGUAAAAAAUUAUGUUUUCUUUUUUCAAACGUUAGUAUUAAACAAGGUAAAAUGGGCCCAGAAACAAAAAGAUUGCUUUGAAUGCUCACGUUCACCUGAGGACAGCAAAUCAACAGUUGUCACCUCCUGAACGCCACGUGGACGACAUCACUGACAAGCGUAGAAGUUGCUGGCUUCGUGAGAACACUUCCGGUCAGCGUCCACUUGGCUUGUCGUCUAGGUUGCUUAAGGUCCAUAAUAUUGCAAAGUUUUUUUGUAAACAGAUUUUGUUUUGUGGUAAUUUUUUGUGUCCAAAGGAUUGCAUGCAGGACUAAAUUAUGCAUCUUUUUGGAAAUUUAUAUGAGUCUGAGAUGCGGGAAGUGCAGGUAGAUGGAUCAUUGGGGGGUAUGCGAUUGGUGUGUUACAACUACUACCUAAGUUUGCAUGCUGGCCAUUUGCAUGGGCCUUUGACAAUUCUUCUUUUAUAUCCUGAUGGGUGACUUGGAAUCCUCCACACCUUCACUGAGCUGAUGGGUUAAGCUGCUUUAGACGUAAACUACCUUUUCAUGUGGCAGAGCUGGUGUUAGCAUCAACUUUUGCCUUACAAAGAUGAUUGAUUGUCAUGAUUAUUAAUUUGUUUUUAUAAAGGAUAUAUUUCCUGAUAAAGCCACUGAAAGAAAUAUUCUGUCUUGUAUUGUGAAGUGCCCUAGUAAAGGGUGUGCGUGGACUGGAGAGACCAGACAUGCAGAGGUAAGGUAGAGUUGUACAAGAAGAAGGGGUAUAGAAUCGUUCUUCAAUAAUUAAUGGGGGUCUCAGAAAAUUUUGGCCCGAUCUCGAAAUCUCAGAAGCAUUUAUGAUAGGUCUCCAAGUCUCGUUUUUGGGUGAUUUUGCGUCUCAGAGUGCAGAAUUUCUUAAGUGUUGGUCUUGAAUUUUGAAACCCUAGGUCUCGCAGUCUCACAGAGUAUCAAAUGUACCAUUGUAUACCCCUAGAAGUACAUGUUAUUUCCCAACCAUGACGUAUUUCCAAAGACUAAAGAGGAACAUUUAUCUAAACUAUCUGUUCCCUGUUUUUCUUGUUUGCAUGUAGGGUGCAGGGUGAGAUGAAAAUUUAAAAAAACUGCUAAGUUCUCGUUGGGCAUUAAGCUGUGAUGAAGUUUACAAGGUUGCGGCAGUCAUGCGUGCCUUAACCAACAUAUAUUUCCACAAACAUUUGUGUAAUAUCUUGGCUAAAUGUUACUUGUCUAUCAAACAACUUGCAGUUAAAACAUUCUAGCCUGAUGGGCCACUCCAUUAGCUCCAGGCUAUAUCAAACAUUACUUUUGUCUACCAGGUGUACCAGUUAUAUUCUUGCAGCAUUUUAUUAUUACAGAAUUAUUAAGCGAUAACACAUCCAUAUGUUCCCUAUAAAUUUCACUUAAAGUGAAACCCAGUUUACUCUCAUAUUGUUUUAAUGAAAUUUCUGGAAUUUUUUAGUGACCUUUUUCAAUGAGGGUGUAAAUCUAAUUCAAUGCCUUUUUUCACCUUUUCUAGGUCCAUCUCGACAUCUGUGGUUACAAGAUUAUCAGUUGCCCUAAUUCUAAUUGUCACUUUCAAAUGAAAAGGAUACUUGUGGGUGAUCAUGCAGCUAAGUUGUGUCAGUGGAGAAUAGUGCACUGUGGUUACUGCAAUGAGAAGCAUAUUAAGUGUGAUGAAGAGGUAAUUUAGUGUAGUGUGAUUUGUGUUUGGGUUAAGAUAACAAAAUUUUAAGGAUGGGCUUUGUAGAGUCUUAGAAUAAUUAAUGAAGUGUAAAUUAUUUGUAUAUUGAAAAUUUGAUAUUGAACAUUUCUAAGCCCAAAUGCAGAUAUGAGGGGAUCCCUAUAAAAAAAAUUGUGAUCCCAGCUAGUUUCUAAAAUUGUAGGAUUAAAAAAAAACGAAACAGAAAACUUAUGCCAAGACGCCUAACAAUUAGCUGAACAAGACACCUGCAAACAUCGCUGAACACACUAUGCGCAGCGAUUUACAAGUACCAAUAGUGAUUUUCUCAAUCACCAACUUUGCAAUCUUUAUUUAUACCUUGCUUGUUUGUAGACUUGUUAUUAAAUUUCUUAAUAAUGUAAUGCAACCCUGAUUUAAUGAAGGGCUUAGGGACUGGCAAAAUGUGUUCAUUAUAAAUAAAAAAUUAAUACUCAUCAAAAAUUUUGCCAUUUCUGCAUGAUUGUCUUUAAUCCCCUAGCUAGUUCUUCUGAACCAGCUGGCACUGACCAAAUUUGGAAGAUGCAGGAGUUAUACCUUAAAUCAGUAAUGUUGUAUAUAUUCUUUGCCAAUAUGCAAUUGGAACCUCAUUUCCAGGCAGGAGAGUGACAGCCUUGCUGUUAUGGUCUGAAUGCAGGACUUAAGAAAAUGGCAAAAGAGUUUAUGGCGAAAUAGCUGAAUUUGUAAAACUGAACAGAACAAUUAAGUCAGAAGUGCAUGAAUACAAAAUGGAUGUCAUCUACUUUUUGAGGAGUAACUGCAAGGAAAAAAAACAUCUCUUCAUAUUCUGAAACUCUUGCCAAGAAAGAGCCAAAUGUUUUUGUAAGAAAGUCUACAAGGAGAAAAGGAUGUUAAGGAGUUAGAAACACAUGUAUUUUUAAUAAAUAAUAACACAAUGAUAUUGAAUUUGGCUUCUAUUUGAUAUGAAGAAUUAUGAAGACCUCAGAUGUUGUUGGUGGAUAACACCCUACUCAAUCUGCAUAAUUCUUCUUUGUGGUUAUUUGUAACGAGAUUGCACUACUUCUCCAUGGAUGAGUAAGUCCACUGUCUUGAAGCGUAGUGGAAUGUUUGGGGAAGUGGGGGCCUAGCAUACCUAGCAUGCUUUUCCUGGGAUUAAAAAUUAAUCUAGAAUUGUCCAAAUGAGAGGCAGAGUGUUUUUUGUCAUGGAACUGAUAAUAUACUUCUUUCACCUUGUCCACAGAAACAUGUCAGUGAAUGUCCGAAGAUACCUAUCGAUUGUUCUAAUGGGUGUGGUCAGAUCACUGCAAGAGAGGAGGUACAGUUAGAAGAUAGCAAAAUAGAUUGGUUGUUUCUUUUCUUUCUCAUAGCCUAGUUCUUGACGCGUCAUGGAAAAUAGCAGCUGUUCCUUUCUAGAGUAAGGAAAUGGCUGUGUUUUAUCAAUCACAGGACUGAAGUAAAAGUAACAAAACUGAAGAUGACAAAUAAACGUGACACUGUUAAGCUUUUUACUUUUUCUUUUGAAAUAGAUGCUCGCAACAUUUUAAGCUGUGCUCCUAAAAUUUUCAGCUGUGCGCCUAAAACUUCGGGAGUACGCCUAAAAAUUUACAUCUGGUAGCACAAGUGCUCUCAAACUCAAAUUUAAACUUUGAGCCCUGGAUAACAGUAACAGUAGAUUUUAAUGCAAAUCAUCAAACUGAUAUAGUUAUCCUCUUCAAGCCCGUUGUGUGUAAGAACAAUAGGAAAUGACGUUUAUUCAUUUCGUUAACACUAAUAAUUGAGUUUCAUCUCUUUAUUUAGAUUGGAAAUCACAUUGAAACUGACUGCCCACUUACCAUGAUUCCCUGCCCUUAUUUUUCAGUGGGCUGCAAUACAAAGGUGUGAGUCUUGAGCUCCGUUGUAAUUAGUUUCUAGGAAUAUAUUAAUCUAUGUGAGACUUUGACUUGUUAUAAUGCAUAUCAUAAGUAGCAUUGUGAAACCGAGUGUACUUAUAAGUAGUGGCCACUUUUCAGUUUUUUAAAAAGUAUUUUUCUAUUAUUACAAAACACCUCGUUCUAGAGUGAAAUUUGGUUCACCUCCGUAUGGUGUCCCCUUUGGCCAGUCGUUCCCGAGUUCUUCCAAAAUUCGUCGCGAAGUAACCAGUCAGCAAAGAGAAAAAUCAAGAGACUGUGUAAGGCGUUAGCCAGCUGUUUGUUUCGGUUGGGCUUUUUCAUCACACAAUAUCGAUUCACUUUUCCCUGUUUUUAUAGUCUCUGACCAAGCGGUCUCGCAUAACCAGUCGAAGCUACGGCACGGCCAGUUGCAUUGUGAUAAACAAAACGACAAACUUUUGGGAAUGAAAGUGGUAAUGAUGUGCUCAUUAUUUGCAGGUUCAACGUAAAAAAUUGGCUUCCCAUCUUCAAUCUUCUACCGAGGCACAUCUUGCUUUAGCCUGUGUGAAGUUGAGCGACACUCAAGAGCAGUUAGCAAAUACACAAGCUGAGCUGAACCAAACUAAAAUUCAGCUGAAUGACGUACAAACGCAACUGGACGACACUCAGGCUCAACUAUAUAAUACUCAAGAAACAACAUGGAAUUUGGAGAAGAAAAUGGAAACGUUUGAGAGGCAGUUGAAAGAAAAAAUGAAUAAAGGGCAGGUGAACGUAGUUGUAGAAGAGAAGGUGAUGCAGAUGAAAAAGACAAAUAGUUUUUUGUGGGAAAUUCAAAAUUUUUCUGAGGUAUUGAGGCAAACAAAGGAAUUGGGUAACGUCUUGCAAAGCGACCCAUUCUACACAGAAAGUUGUGGUUACAAAAUGCAGUUACUUCUCUAUCCCAACGGUAACGGGUCUGGAGCGAACACUCACAUUUCAGUAUUCCUUAGCGUAAUAGAAGGAGAAUAUGAUUCUUUGUUAUCGUGGCCCUUCAUUACGGCUGUGAAGUUUACCCUUAUUGAUCAAGAACGCGUCCUACGGGAAAAUGUUGAUUUUUCCUUCACACAUAAAGUCACUGAAAGGCCCAAGGAAAAUAGUUGCAGCAAUCUUGGGAUUCCUAAUUUCGUAUCUCACGAAAAACUUAAGACAAGGGGGUAUCUUAAGGACGACACCUUGUUUCUGCGUGUUGUCAUUGGCCCAGAUUCCAGUAAAUUGAACUGGUGGUCAACUGAGCCUCUUUGGACGUUUGAAUAG